AUGGAAGAGUUGUUUACAGCUGUUGAAAAAAACGACAUCAACAAAGUAACAAGAUUACUAGAAGCUGGUGCAGACGUCAACGGAACGAAUAUAUCGGGAAGACCACUUCUGCUAGUUGCAACCCACAAAAAGCAUGAGGAAAUGGCAAUAUUUCUUUUGAGCAAAGGAGCGCAUGUGAAUUCAACUGACAGAGGUAGUGAAACAGCUCUGCACCUUGCGUCAGCUGAAGGUCUGGAUAACCUUGUAUGGAGGCUGCUAAAAGAGGGAGCAGAUGCAACCCAAAGAAACAGAUCCCAGCCACCAAAUGUAUCCCUGGUCCAUGGCCAUGCCCCCUCAUUUGGUCUGCACCAAACAUGGGCACGGUGUACUGUUUUAAAAGCUUCGGCAACUAUUGUUGACAAUACGCAAAAGCUUGCAUUUGCUUGUCUCUCAGACGUGAUGGCCAAACAUUAA